GUGAAGGAAGAAGAAGAAGAGGAGGAGGAGGAGUGGGACGGGAUGGAGAUGGAGAUGGAGUUGUGAGCUCGCGGCAGGCUGGGUGCGCAGAGCGGGCGUCGCGCUCUGCCCCUUGCGGACGUACACACACAUGCGCCGUGCGGGGUCUGGUCUGACAGAUACGCGCGGACGCCCCGCGGAGGCGCAGAUGAGAAGGCAGGCAGGCAGGCAGGCAGGCAGAACAGGGCAGGGCAGGGCAGGGCAGGGCAGGGCAGGGCAGGGCAGGGCAAGCAUUUAUUCCGCGAUUUUCAUACAGGUUGUUUUUGGUUUUUGGUUUCGUUUUCUUUUUGCUUGCUUGCUCGGAUCAAGACAUGUAAGGAUCGGCGGAUCGGCGGCACUGUAGUGGACGGACGGCUCUUUUGUAUGUACUGUAUCGAAAUGGGAAUCGGAUGGUUUAUG